GUCUAUUAAACGUCAAUUAAAGAAACUCGAAAAAUAUAAAUAAACUAUACUGAUAAAAAACAUCUAUAAUGAUAAUAUAACUACCAAAUAUUGAAGAGAAACAAUAAAAUUGAGUUGAAAAUAGUGAAAAAAUAGAGCAAUACCCAAGAGAAGAGUGUACUUCUUUACGUGUAUGAAAAUAAUACCAGAACGCGGCUCAAUUACUUAUGUCGAUGACAAGUAUUUUUACAACGCGUCACUCAGUGUCAGACGUAACGGCAAGAGAGGAGAGUACAUUGUAAACGUGGAUCUGUUUGGCAAGCACACAAUUGGGAACAACGUUACGAUAGACAUUAUCUUCUACGAAUACCUGCACAAUGAGUUUCGGCGAUCAUUUGUCGAGAUGCACUUCAAGACCUGCGACAUGAUCCAAAAGGAUCCGUUCGUCGGCUUGAUCAUACGGAAAUCUGGUUUGGUCACAUGUCCCAUACCUGCUGGUAAAAUAUCUCUAAAAAGUAUGAGCUUAGACGUCGAACUCCCUUCAGUCUGGCCUUUCGAGAAAGGUAAAGGGGAAAUGAUUGCGACAGACAAUGCCAAUGGGAAGAUGAUGAUUCGCGGGGAACUUGUAUUGACUUUCAAACAAAAAUAAAAUAAAGAUGUAU